AUGAGGAAAAUUAUGGAACAAAUUGGAAGUAAUACUGAUGAUUGGUAUUAUCACGUGCCCCUGAAACAAUCAGAGGAACAAGUUAACUCAGAAGUUUCACAACAGCCAGCAUCUCAGAUCCCAGGUCUAGGUGAUUUUGGAGAUCUCCACAGUGACAUUACCUUUGGGGGUCGAAGAAAGUGGAUCAAAGAUACUGAUUCAGAAUAUGUAAAACUGGCAAAGCAAGGAGGUCGACCAGAUUUACUGAGACAUUUUACUCCUACUCCACGAAAAGUAUCCCUGGGGUCUUACGGUGCACCUGAGUGGUACUCACAUCAUAGCAAACAAGCAUCGGCCGAUGAGUCUAAACCUCGUGUGCCAGCAGUGCCAGACUACAUGGUUCAUGAAGAGUUUAAGGUCGAUCAACCACCUACCUAUGAACCUAAAAGGGGUCCUUUUGAUUUUGAUAUGAAAAGUGUUUGGCAAAGGGAUGCUGAAGACAAAGAGAACAGAGAGAAAAGAGAGGAAAAUGGAGUACAAGUUGAGAGCUCUCUAGGCGGUAUGAAAGAAGAGAUAAAACUUCCUGCUAUUACACCAAGAUACCCACACAGAACACAGCAACCUAUCACAACUAAAGAAUUCCAUGGAGGAAACAGACUUUACUUUCCUCCAAUGCCUGCUCAUAAAAAAAAUGAACCUGUAAAUUUCAGCAAACUGAUUAGUAGUGGUUAUGGUGAUGAGUGGCUUCAGCAACGUGAUGAGUGGGAGAAAAAGAAUACUCAACCUAAUGAUUCUCUUCUUCCUCCAAAUUCAGAGACAUCCCAGCCAGAAGCAACACAAACAGAAAUUGAGUAAAAGCCGGUACUUCAUAGAAGUGCCACAAUUCUGUUGCUAUUUCCAAACAGCACUGCGUGCAGAAAACUAUCAUACAGCUUAGGAAGCAGGCUCCAAUAGUUACCUGCUAAACCGACUACUGCUAAGGUUUGCCUAGUCUUCUAAAGCCACACGUAUUGCUUGAGAGCCAGUGAGCAAUAGCAUCCCUACAGUCAUAGGACGCAGUUAAUAUAAGCUGUGCUUUGACAUUGAACUUUCGAAGAGAGUAUAGGGGAACAAAAGAAUGAGACCAGUUGGAGCUUUACAGUGCUGACUCUUAUUUUUGUAUGUUUCCAAGUAAAAGCUAAUUCUUGUGAUUUUCUAUGUAUAAAUUUAAUGCCGGUAUAUAUUGACAAUGAAAUUAUUUUUCAGAAUAUUGGAUUGUAUUGAUAGUUUUAGACACCAUUUAUAUUUUGUUCUGCUUUAUAUUUCCCAUAUAAAUGUAUAUAAAUACU